AUGGCUCCAACACUUUAUUUUGGACUCUUAGGUUCAUGUUAUCAACAAAACAAAAGCUCAUCACUAGAAUGCACAAAACUAUCAUUCCCAGCAGAUUAUACUACCACCAUCUCACGUGCAGGUUCGAUUGUCAAUUCAGAACAUUUACAAAUCUCAAUGCCAGAUUUACCUCCUGUCUUUGGAGUUUGGGCUUUAAUCUCUCUUUUAGGAUCCUUUUGUCAUUUGAUUGGUAGUUUACCUUUCUAUUUCUUUAAUCAAUUAAACCAUUUAAGGUUCCUUAGUAAACCUUUCUUUUCGGCUUCACUUUGGAUUCUUGGUAUCGGUUGGGCUUUUGGGUUUUCAGCUGUACUUUCACUGGCUUGUUUUGAUUUGGUGAUGAAUAUAUUAGAUUCUCAUCUUUAUUUAUUUUAA